GACAUUUCCGGCCGUUGCUCUGUCGUGGUUUUCGCUUUACGACAGUUGUGACAAAACCGUAAGUGUCCGCUGCAGAGUUACCUGGAGAGACAGACAGACAGGUAGACAGACAGACAGGCAGGUGUUGUCUUUAACACGGAACGAGCCGAUGAGCUACGACAACUUCACGGUCGUCUGUUGAAGGAGCAGGCGCAGCAGGAUGCGAGUUUCCCUCCGUCUCUCGGUCAGCAGCUAAGCUAACAGCCCGAAGCUCUCGCAGGUCCUUCCUGGUCUCAACAUGUUCAGAGAGACAGACAGCUCCAUGCUCAGAGAGACAGACAGCUCCAUGUGACAGCUCGGUCUCACUCUUCACAGCUGUGGGCUUCCAGAUUCUUGCGCGUACCAUGUGGCUCCAGCAGAGGCUGAAGGGGCUGCCGGGCUUGUUGUCGAGCAGCUGGGCGAGGAGGCUCCUCAUCGGGCUGCUGCUCUUCCUCAUCUUCUACUGGUACCUGGGAGCGGAGCGCAAAUGGAGGAUCUUCGGCGGCUCGGCCAUGCCCGGCGGGGCGGCGGGACAGUGCCUGCUGGCCGAGAUCCACAGGUGGAACUCCCUGGUGGAGAGAGGAGAGGGGAUCUACAGCACCCCGCAGGAACAGCUGGACACACCUUUCGUGUCAGGUAAUGGACACAUUCUCAUUGACGUCGACUCGAACAAACUGUGGGUAGCGUCCUCGUCGCAGCCCGGCUCGGCUCCCGUCCACCAGACCGAGUACUCGCCGAGACUCGCCGUCCAUCUCGAGGGGAAGCGGGCAGAAACUCAGGCCACCAUGCUGUGGUUCCGAAAGGGAUCCGUGCUGUCGGUCCGCUGUGCCUCACCAGCCGCCCUGCAGUCCGCCCGGGACUGCGUGUCCAUCAGAGAGGAGUUCAUCGCACACAGAAGCAGACCGAACGUCUAUCUCCAGCGGAUCCACAUCAACAACCCGUCAGACAGGCCCGUCUCCCUGGAGGUCUCCUCUGAAAAGUCCUCCUUUGGUAGCAAGUUCUCCAACAGCGUGGACAAGCUGGAGGACAAGGAGAUGGUGCUGUCCACUGGCAGAGUGCCUGUGGAGAAUAACCGGAUGAUGCUGGUGGUGGUGGGCACCAAGAAGCUCAACAACAGGAUCCACAUGUCUGCAAAGUCUGAUUACAAAGACAACAUCCUGUCAGUGGUGUGGACCUCGGAGGCCAUCGAGCUCUCCAAGCUGGAGGAGACCUUCAGCACCCUCAGAGAUGGAGUCAAGAAGGAGCUGGGGGAGCUGCUGAGGGCCAGCGUGGAGGACCUGGUUGAGGAACACCAGCAGGCCUGGAUGGACCUCUUCAUCUCAGGUGUCGAAAUGAGGAAGAUCACAGACUCCCACACGCCAUCAAGCCGCACCGUGAACACCACCCUUUACUACAUCCUGUCGUCCUCCAUGGCUCCCCUGCUGGAUCAAAGACUGAGCGGCGAGGAACGCGCUCGCCUCGAGUCCAGCCUCAACUACGCCGACCACUGCUUCAGCGGCCACGCCACCAUGCACGCGGAGAACCUGUGGCCCGAGCGGGUGAGCAGCACCGCUCAGAUCCUGCAGCUGUUCACACUGUGGACUCUGACCCUGCAGAAGAGAGGCUGCAAGGUGCUGGUGGCGGCCGGAGCCCACGGAGCCAUGCAGGGCAUGGUGCUCAGCUUCGGCGGCCUUCAGUUCACAGAGAACCACCUUCAGUUCCAGGCCGAUCCGGACGUCCUGCACAACAGCUACGCCCUGAGAGGGAUCCACUACAACCAGGACCUCAUCAAUCUGGCGGUGCUGUUGGAUAUAGAGGGCAAGCCUUUUCUUCACGUGUCCGUGAAGCAGCAGGAGAAGCCGGUGAAGUUGUACGCCUGCGAGGCCGGCUGCCUCAACGAGCCGGUGGAGCUGACGUCGGAGAUCAAAGGUCACACCUUCCCCGUGAUGGUGACGCAGCCCAUCACGCCGCUGUUGUACAUCUCCACAGACCUGCGGCAUCUGCAGGACCUGCGCCACACCCUGCACCUCAAGGCCAUCCUCGCUCACGAGGAGCACAUGGCCAACAGAUAUCCAGGCCUGCCCUUCCUGUUCUGGUUCAGCGUGGCCUCGCUCAUAACACUCUUCCAUCUUUUCCUCUUCAAGCUCAUAUACAACGAGUACUGUGGCCCUGGUGCUAAACCCCUCUUCAGGAGCAAGGUCACCAAACUCGAAGAUGGCUGCUGUGACAUCGGGAAUGCUGCUUGAUCACUUCAGCGCUAUGCACACAUUCAACAUGUGAUAGUGGUUCUGCUUGAGCUUUGGCAGCAUGUGAGAUAUUAACAUGGGUGUGUGUGCUGGUGCUAAAUGACAUCCACUGUGGAAAUGGUACCAGCCGCCAAUCUGUUGUGAGAAGAUGUAGAGGCAUGGAGGCUAAAACUGGACAUACACGUCACUUUAGAAACCGGAUACCACGUUAUUUUCUCCAUUAAUCAAUCAGUCAUCACAUUUCUUUCAGAUGUUUGUCCAACCAACGGUCUAAAACCAAAAAAACAAAACAGUAAGUAUUCUUGAACAAGUGAAUGAUCCAGUUAACUUUUGCUUAAACGUUUGAGGAGCAACAACAGCAAUGUGGCAGAAGUCUGGCUAUAUUUUGAAUCUCUGAUUUAACUGGAAACUAAAUCAGACCAAAUCCACUUUUAAAGGAGUACUCCACUGAUUUUAGCAUUAGACUGCCCUAACAUUGUUAGACUUAUGAUGGACAGUUUAAUGAUGCAGCAAAACCAGAGCUUUUCAGACAUAGUCAUUUUUAUUCCAUGCUUUUUCUCCCCGGUCAACCCCGUGCCUACAUUUCCUACAAUGCAACCUGAUUGUUGGUAUCCAACAGUACAGUUGCAUUUAGCCUCUGUAGCCUGCAGCAGCAGACACGAGAAGUGGGCUACAGAGGUUUGGUAAGAUCACUUCUAAUUAACUCCAGACUCAACAGAUGCUGACUCAAGUGACAUCACUUUGAGGCUUCAUUUGGGAUACAGAUACACAACCUGAUUUUGUUGGAUCAUCAAACAGAACAAUUGAGUGUAACUUAAAAAUCCCCAAACUCACGCACCAAACACGUGACAGCGAUUGUUUAACGACGAUAUUAGGAAUCUGUGGGGUCAGCUCUGUGUUCAUAACCAUCUGAGUGCAGCAUGUUGCUAUGCUACCAUUUGCUAAUAAGCAUGAUACAUGUCCACAAAUGUCACAUUCAUGACCAUCCGUUGAAAAGUUGUUUUAGGUUUGGACCAAAGUGGUGGACUGACAUCUGACGAGAUGUUUUAAUCUCAGUGCCUACACAUCUUUUUACCAUCAGAUCGCACCGGGCAAUGCACUUUAUCUGCUAAAGUGCCCAAUGAAUGAGAGGGAGUGUUUGUGGGGGCUGGAAAUGGAAAAUUUUCAAGUUUCUAACAGGUGAAAUGGAACGGCUCUGUAAAGAUGAGCUCUGACAGAAGUUUAAAGCCCCCAUGUAUAGAUUUUUCUUUUCUUCUUGUGCUUCCAGCAUCUUUUAGGUUGUUCGCUGAUUGUGAGUUAAGGGUUUGUUAAGGUUUCGUUAAGGUUUUAUUAAGGUUAGGGUUUUGUUUGUAACAAGAUAAUCUCAGUGGUAGUUGGCGCAGGCUGUGUUGCUUUCAGGCCAUUCAUUGUAAGAGUAUGAGCAUGAAGGCAAAAGUGUCACCAGCUUUUUCAGAACAGCCAUCAUAGAGAGGGACCAGGCAUCAGAAGGUUACAUCACAGAAGCUGUUAGCUGAUCUGACAGACCAGUGUAGGUCCUUUUUACAACACAUUCGGUCCACUGUGAACCUGAACGCAUCUUCAUUCAUAUAAAAGGUAAAUGGCAGUUGUUAAUGGCUGCCGUUCUGUGUGAAGGGUCCUACUGGCUGUUCCUCUUGGAACAAAUCAGAUAUUCACCUUUCUAUCUGACAGAUCAAUUUAAUUGAAUUAAUUUGAUUAUUUAACAUAGUUCCAAGGUUUUUCUUCUGUCAGUGGGGAUUAUUGUAAAUUUGUUUUCAUUUCCUGUUUGUUUUUUCUUCAAUGUGAACUACUGUGUGUGCCUUAAUGAAGAAAAGCAGUUAAUUUAUUGAGCUCAUGGCUGCAGCCAUAAUCAGAUUGGAUUGUACUUGAAUGGUUUGUGAUCAUAUAAAAUUUAAGUAAAAAAAAAAAUCUUUUGGUCUUACUUUGGAGGGAAUAAAUCACUGAAUCAUUGUGAGAAAAAAA